UCAUUUUCCGGAUCAUUCACAUCCACCCAUUAAGAAGAAUCACAGUCCCUCCAGCUCAUGACUGCACCGCUGUGUGUCUUCAUCUGUCAGUCCCUGUCGACUAACCUGACUGUGCCUGCUUGGCAUCAGAGCUCUUCCUCUGUGGGGUCUACAUCUGUACAGCUGCUGUGUUUGUUUGGUUCCUUGUGUGUAACAUGCAGAACAGAAGGAAGCCAGAGCCGAUCAAACUCAACCCGAUCCCCGAUGGAAACACUAUCAACGGAACCGGAGCCACAGAAACAAACUUGGAGGCAUUGCAAAAGAAACUAGAGGAGCUUGAGUUGGAUGAGCAGCAGCGAAAACGCCUGGAGGCCUUUCUGACACAGAAGCAGAAGGUGGGAGAGCUCAAGGACGAUGACUUUGAGAAGAUCUGUGAGCUGGGGGCAGGCAACGGAGGAGUUGUCUUCAAGGUCUCCCAUCGACCUUCUGGGCUGAUUAUGGCAAGGAAGCUGAUCCACCUGGAGAUCAAACCAGCCAUUAGGAACCAGAUCAUUAGAGAGCUGCAGGUGCUACACGAGUGUAACUCCCCUUACAUCGUGGGCUUCUACGGAGCUUUCUACAGCGAUGGAGAAAUCAGCAUCUGCAUGGAGCAUAUGGACGGUGGCUCCCUGGACCAGUCACUGAAGAAAGCGGGCAAAAUCCCAGAGCAGAUCCUUGGCAAAGUCAGCAUCGCUGUCAUUAAAGGGCUCUCUUACCUGAGGGAGAAACACAAGAUCAUGCACAGAGAUGUCAAACCCUCUAACAUCCUAGUGAAUUCCCGCGGUGAGAUCAAGCUGUGUGACUUUGGAGUGAGCGGACAGCUCAUAGACUCCAUGGCCAAUUCUUUUGUGGGCACUCGCUCUUACAUGUCUCCGGAGCGUUUACAGGGCACCCAUUACUCUGUUCAGUCGGACAUCUGGAGUAUGGGGCUGUCCCUGGUUGAAAUGGCCAUUGGACGCUUCCCUAUCCCACCGCCCGAUGCGAAGGAACUGGAACAGAUUUUUGGCUUCCCAGUGGAAGGGGAAGGAGCUUCAAGUGAGUCCUCCCCGAAGCCACGGCCCCCUGGGCGACCAGGCAGCUCAUAUGGCCCUGACAGCAGACCACCGAUGGCCAUAUUUGAGUUGCUUGACUACAUAGUCAAUGAGCCUCCGCCAAAACUACCAGGAAUAUUUAGCUCUGAAUUUCAAGAUUUUGUGAAUAAAUGUUUGAUAAAGAAUCCUGCAGAGAGAGCAGACCUCAAACAGUUGAUGGUGCAUUCCUUUAUCAAACAGUCUGAAGCAGAGCAGGUUGACUUUGCUGGCUGGUUGUGCAGCACCAUUGGACUCAACCAGCCAGUGACACCCACCCAUGGUACAGCAAUGUGAGACCAGUUCCCGUCUCCAACAAAUCCCCCAUACCCCAAUGUGGGACUGGAUUUUUAUUAUGGGUAAAAUGUAUGUUUAUACGGAGUACUAGUUUAAAAGUUGUGCAAUCAAUAGCUGUAUAUUUAGUGUACACACCUACAUGCCAAGUGAAAUUAACUAUGUAUUGAAUAAUUCUUGGGGCUACAUUGUGGCCUGCCUGAAAAGCCAUCUUUUUCUAAUAAGAUUAUUUAAUCAUGACAAAUGCUGCUCAACCUGUGUGCUUGAUAUUCCUCUUUACCCCUCUUUACUCCUUACAGUGCCAGCAGAUCAGAGUCUUUGUUAGCUUAUUGUGAGAAAUAAAUAGUCUUGUGAAUCAAUUUUGAA